AUGCAUCACUUUAUCGUCGCCGUGCAAUUAUUACGUGAUGAACAUACAUACCAACAUCAUCAAGCUGAAGAAUCAAAUAUUCAGGCGCGUAAACGAAUAAAAGUAUAUAACGACAUUGAUAAUAAACUAAAGAAAUUACUUAUUAGUCAUAGUAGCGGUAUGCUGACUAAUGUUCACUUAGCUAUUAAAUGUGGUAGAGCUGUGAAAACAAACUAUAUUGUGUUAUGA